UCGUUUCCGUUUAAGGGACUUAUUUCUGUUUUGGGAGUACAUGUAAUUUAUUUAUUAUAAAGAGCCGACUGGUUUUCAUUUGAUUUAACCGAAAACGUAGGAGCGAUGGGUAAAGAAGAAGAAGAAACUGUUAAGGAUGUCUUUUACCGUCUAGAUUUUCGCACGUUUGGCAUUGUGACAGUGAGUCUUCCAGCCGGCUCCCUGCUGUUUUCAUUCCUCUGGGGUCUCAUCUUCAUACCCGAUGAGGUCAAUGAAACUGUCUGUAAUUGUACCAACUUCAUUCCCUCCAUCAGUGCAGUGACAGGUGUUUCUCCGGGGAAAUAUGUUUGGAGGAUCUGUAUUGCCUUACAUUCUGCUCCAAGAUUUAUAAUAGCUGUUCUCCACUAUAACUACUACCUAUCACUUAUACACAAUGUGAAGCCAAGUUAUAGGCCUUUUUACAAGAAGUUUGUCAGCCUGAAUUUUUGGUUGAAUACAGUGGAGAAUGCGUGUCUAGUUCUUGUCAGCUAUAUAUCAAAUAGGGAAAAUUAUCCUGUCCAUGAGAAGAUAUUUGUGGUAUUUAUGGUCAUGUCACUGUGUUAUAUGUUGACCAAUACUAUACUGUUUAAUAUGUCAAGACCAGAGAAGUGGACAGAGCUAGACUUGAAAUCAUAUGCUUUCAAAAAAUAUUUGUGGAUAGCCAUCAUGAUAUCCACUGGAGUGCUGCUGUAUUUCUUUGCUCAACAUAGGCUGUUCUGUAUACCUGGAGCAUUCAGCUGGUUUUCAUUGUCCGAGUUUUUCAUCGCCUAUAUCAACAUGGCCUAUCAUGUGACUGCAAUAUGGGAGUUUAAAGACUCCCACUGGGUGAAUGGAGUCUUCAGUCCUCCCCAUGUAACCAAUAACCACAUCAAGUCUCACUGAUCAGUUGCCUUAGUUGUGCCUAGCAUACAUGUCCAAAUUGCCAGUAUCAUAGGGGUAUCAAAACAGGGUGAAAAUAAGGGUUCAUAAGCCAUUGAUACUAGGAACACAAAAAUCAACUAGCACAUGUAACAUUGCACAUCCCAUUGGCACUCUAGUUAUGAUGAGAUUUUCUAUACAAGUGAAUUAAAAUCUGGUCUGUGAAAACAUUGGUACCAAAAGAAGUCUAAUGUCAUCUGUAGUUGCCUUGUUCAAACCUUAAUGAGAGGGAAAGUCUCACCUGUGUAUUAGUUUCUAUGUUUUUACUAGCAACAUGUAUCAAUAAGUGUAAAUAACACUUGGUGUAUUUUGGGUAUUGGAUGGUCAAGUAUUUUUGGAUAUUUUGUAUGCUCAUUAGGGGUUUUAUAGAGCUCAAUUAUAAUAAAAUUUUACAGAAUUUAUGAAUGUAAUUCUUUUGGCAAAUUUUCUCAAUUUUUCAUGUGGAAUUUAAGAUUUGUCUUUC